CGGACGGUAACCUAACCACAAAUGUGGAAUUCGGUCGUCGUGGUGAGACUACGUCGUGUCACCUUUUCGCCGAUUUUCCAUUUCAUUACGAGUUUCCCCUCGAUUUCCUUCAUCAUCAGCCGAUGAGCUCUAUAUCGUCUUGCCGGUGUACCGUCCUUACCGUCAAGUGUGUGAAGUCCGCGUCCUGAUCGACCUUGUGUCAUGCUCAAGCCAAAGCUAGUGCCGGAAAAGUACGAUCACAAUGAAUUUGAGAAGUGUUAGUUUUUGUAGUGUUUGUGUAUUCCUCCUAUCGAGCAGGAGUCUUGCUGCAGAUUCGCACUCUAAUUCCACCAGUGUCGAUGUUCAAAAGUUAUGUGAUGCUCUGAAUUUGUGCAAUGGAACGGACAACUCGAAUGUUGCGGAGUUAGCAAAAUGCAUUCGCUCAAGUCAGGACGCGGAUCACAUAAACAGUCCAUCCGAUGGCAAGUCAUCAAAACCGACACCCCAAGAAGUAUGGGGAUUUGGUCUUCUGUUCGUUUCGGCGAUCAGUUUAUGCUCUCUGCUGGGCGUGAGUGUGAUGCCGCUCAUGCAAAAAUGGUACUACAAACAACUCUUGACGUCGCUCAUCGGGCUGGCUGUCGGCUCCCUCUCUUCGUCCUCUCUCUUUCACCUUGUUCCGCAGGCUUUCAGUCUUGUUGACAGUGAUUUCCAUCACCAGUAUUUACAUAUUUCUCUGUCAAUUUGGAUGGGAAUCUGGGUUUUCUUCAUGGUGGAGCGCUUACUGAAGAUAAUCAAUGAUGCUAAACAGAGAUGCGAGAAGACAAGUUUGCAUGAUGGAGAAGUUCCUCUUCAAAACGUCAGUGCAUUAUCAUCUCCAAAUCAAAAUGGAAUCUAUGAUUGUCAGGAACAAGCAAUCAAGGCUUCUUUUGGUCACCAAGAGAGGCCAAAAGUCUGCAGUAGUUUCACGAACUUGGCAGGAGAUAUAAAAAAAAUCGAGCACGGACUACAAAAAGGAGAUAAUGUGAUAGCUACUGUUGCCUGGAUGGUCAUUUUCGGUGAUGGACUGCACAAUUUCAUCGAUGGGCUUUCUAUUGGUACUGCUUUCAACCAAAGUAUUUUAACUGGUAUCUCCAUCAGUUUAGCUGUUAUGUGUGAGGAAUUCCCUCACGAACUAGGUGAUUUUGCUGUGCUUUUAAAUGCGGGUAUGACGAUACGGCAAGCUUUAUUGUAUAAUUUUCUGUCUGCUUGCACAUGUUAUGUCGGUCUCAUCAUUGGAAUAAUAGUAGGAGAUAUUGAAUGGAAUAUUUACAUUUUCGGUUUUGCCGCUGGCAUGUUCCUCUACAUUGCACUGGUUGAUAUGGUACCUGAAAUGAAUGAAGUUGUAGAGGAAGCCAGUAAAGAGAGUAUCGGCGCUGCAUUUCAAGCAUUAGUGCUCCAAAACAUUGGCAUUUUCACCGGUGUCACUGCCUUAUUUCUAUUAGCUAAAUAUCCUGAAUAUUUCACGAUUAUGUGAAUGUUCUCUCCUGUACAUUUCACUGUGUGUACUUUUUGACUUACUUUAGGUACUAAAUUAUUUGUUUUUUUGUUACUAAUGAUUAAAUGCUGGGAGAAGCCAUGAAACUUAGUGCAGCAUGGUGCUCAGAGUGUGAAUUGUGUACAGAAUUUUUGCUAAUUUUUAAUAUUUUGUUAUAACAGGGAAAUAUAAAAACCAGGGCUGUACGGAUAGACCAAAAUGCGAUUUAAUAAAUAUUUGUGUGGUUGAGAAUUUGGAUUUCUCAGUAACUUGCUUUGUAACAAUCAGCUCAGAUAAAACUGGAGACAUUGUGCAAUGUAAUCGGAAUGUUAUUUUUAUCAUAUUUGCAUACUACCCUGAAGAUUCUUGUUGAAGCUUGUCUCAGCAGAAAGUAACAGAAUAUUAUUUGUAUGUUGGGGUUUUGUCCCAUGUAAGAAUAGUUUGAAUUUUCUGUGCAAAUUUCCUUAAAAUUUAGGUAAAAACAGUCGUGCAAUAUUUUGAAACAAAGCCAAAGAAACAAAUGGGAGUUGUAAAAAUAGUGAUGAAGAAUUUUCAGGAUAGCCAUUUCUGUCAAAAUGUGUAAAAAAAUCGAUAUUUAAGAUUUCAUUGGUGAAAUCUCUGUAGUAUCCGAAAGACCAAGUUACCAGCAGUACAGUCCAUUGCAGCAUAACAAUUUAAAUCAUUUAUGGAAUGGCAAGCCGCAAACAAUUAUAGCUUUAGUUUGGUGCGACAUUUUUGGGCCGUCUAUGUUCUGAAAUGUUUGUGAAAAACAUUUUUUAACAAAAAGUUUUGCGGUACAAUAGUCUUUUUCACAGCAACCAGUGGUCAUUUUUAUAUUAUUUGCAUUAUUUACAGGUGUUUGCACACUUUUAAAUUAUUAUUUGUAUCCCAAAAAAGUACAAGCUUCCUUUGAAAUAUCUUUUCAUUCUAAAUUCAUUAUGCGUACAGCCCUUGUAAAACUGCAUGGUUACCAGACAUUCAUUCGUAAGUUAACCUCAUGUAGCAAUAUGUAUUUUCUUCUUUAGCUAAUCCAUAUUAUCCUCUCAUUGAACCUUUGGCAGCCGAGAAAAGAUGGGCUCAACAUACACGGUGAUUUAAAAGUCCUGCAACACUCCUGUGGGGGUUCUUGGUGGAGUUCUUCCCAACAUAGGAUUCUUACCCCUUUUAAAUUUUUGGGUGGUCCCAAAAGUUUGUUUCCCUUAACCGAGGAGCACUCACAAAAUUUCAAAUCUCUACCUCAAUUUGUUCAAAAGUUACAGGUGUGGUGCCUGUUGCUAGUGGUGCGGGACUUUUGAAUCACCCUGUAUAAAUAAAAAGGCAUAAUGAUGUUUCUUAAAUUUUAGACUGGCUGCUUUUAUCUCAAAUUAAACAUUUGACAAAUAAAUAUGCUGCACUAAUUAACUAAAAAUGCAUUUGUUGAUAAAGUGUGUUAGUAAUUUUUUAAUGAACUUUGAAAAAAAAGAAAAAAAGAAUGAACCGACAUUAAAUUUUACAAAUUAAAGUCUAAUUUCAAGGUCAGUUUUUUUAGAGUGGCAACUUUCAUUUACAUAUUUUUGCUCUGUCGACGAUUCCUUGCGUUUUAUCAAGUCCUGUUCCUUGUCAAUUUUGCUAAAGGAACCUCUUAAAGUGUUUUCAAUCGUCCAUUUUUCAGCUGUUUUGCUGAUUUUGUAAUUCGCACGUCCAGCACUAAGAGACUUACUGAUUCCUACUCAUUGAUCAACUACACAUCCUGAUUCCUCCAUUGGAAUUUUAAUUAGAAAUUGAGUCAACGCAGAGCAGUUAUGUUGAGGUACGAGGAAAAUCUAUCAUUUUCCCAAAAUGAGUUUACCCUAGCUGAUUUUUUUGCUAGCUCCCCUCAUGUUAGGUUUCACCGCAUGAGUUUUAUGAUCGAUUGAGCCCUCAGGUCAGAAACAAAGCGGAGAACUGUUUGUUACAGAAGCUCAUAUUAUUACUCCCUGGCUUCCUGCCCAUAAGGGGCAAGGAAAUAUUUUUGGAUCUGCCCGUAACUUUAUUCUAGAAUCUAAUUUGUCUCCUUUUUUCAAAUUUUCAAUGGCUAUCCCUGUCCUAGUUGAAGUGACUCUUACAAAAAUUUGGUAAUGAACUCCCUAUGAAACUCUUGAAACAAAACCAAUCGAAAACCGUUGAUUUUCAUGUAAAAAUUAUGUUAAACUUAUGAAUCCCAUAUUAAAACUUGACUCGAAAAUUUUGUGAAGGUCAAAGAGUUUUUUGUAUUGAUAUAAUAUGCAAAGUAAUUGCAGAAAAAAUGUAAAAAUGUUGUAGAAGCUCGAUGAAACAAAUCAAUAAUAACCACAUUGAAGUACGAGUUGAUGGUUAAACUCACAAAAUUAGUUAUUUUAAUCGCAACAGUUCAUUUCCAGGUAUUCCUUAUUUUUUAGUAGGAAAAUAGAGAAGUAAUUUCUCAAUAAUAUUUCUCAAUAUGAGGGUGAAAUACUUCGGAAAAAUCAGAGGAAAUUUCAGACGAUUAGUUUUCCGUCUGACAAAAUAAGGAAAGAAAAAUUAGAGAUUUUAAAAAAAAAUUUGAACCGUUACAAUUGAGAUAAGUAAUUUUAAAGCUGAGCCCUCCCAGUGUAUGUUUUGGCAUACAAAUUUAGGGGAAAAGAUUUCCAUUUUAUAUAUUCUAAGAUUCCUUCUAGGAUUCUUAUAUUUUUCGAAUGUUACUAUUUUAAACAAAAUGUUUAUUAUUCCCUGCUACUAAGGUAGUUCUUUGUGUGUAAUAUCCUGAUUUCUUUGUUAAUAUUAGAGAAUUAUCAAAUAUGAACUCACUGUAAGCUCCGUGAACACCACUAGUUCGCCUCCAUGUCUCUUUGCAUAGUCGGAUCCCCCAAGUAACCAGGUAAUGCUUUCAAGUUUAAAUUAUGUUGCUUCCAGACUUUCGUUCCUAUUUUUGUCACCAAAGAGAACAGCUCAGCAAAAAGAGGAUAGAAACUCUAAAUAAAUUGUGCCAGUGACAACUUCCUCCCCAAGGAAAAAGGAUCAUAAUAGCAAAAAGUUAAUAACAUGUAUUCCCAACCCUCCGCUUAAGCUGCGUUACUCUGAAAGAACCAACCUCUUUUGAAAAAAAAAAAAAAAACCGUAAUACGCAUUAUGGUCUCAUGGAGAUUUCCGAGCCCAAUCAAAAUACCCUUUUCAGAGGAAAUCGCUUUGCCACUCUUUUCUUUUAUUUUCUAAAUGAUAUCUUCGCCAAUUCGCUCUCUUAUGCAGAUAAGUACUUUUCCUAGUCUGUUCAAAAACUUGAUCCUUUUUUGACGAAUGCUGUUCAUAUGUACCCUCUUAGACCAAUUUUUGUAAGUUUUCCCAACAGUUUCUGUCUAUGCAACCUUAAGACUGAUUCCCAAUAAACGUUUAUCUAUGACCAGUGGAACCAAAAAAGUAUUUGGUUUAACUAGCCGUCAAAACUAUUAAAAAAUUGUAAAAUGGCGGCUACAAACAUGAUCAAGAAUCUCCAAAUAAUGUAAACUCUUAAUCAUGAUCCGAACACACGUUGUUUUGGCGUAAUUUUGCAGUAAUCCCAAAAAUAUUAAUCGGUCCUCUUUCAUUGCAAAGAGUUUUAUGUGGCGACUGUAUAAAGUUGUUUUAUUUUUCAUUUUUUUUUUCUGUGUAAAUAGUAUGUUUCAUUUUAUUGAUUUCUAUGUUGUAUCUACCUAACCAUUUUAGAUAGCCAUUUUUCAGUACCUGCGUGUUGUUGCACUCAUUAGGCAUGUACUUAGUUUUAAUGUAGUUUGAAAAAAGUGCAAUCUACAGAUCAACCUCCGUGAUGUUUAAAAUUUCUUUUUGUUUCUUGUCUCCACACCAUAGGAAACGAUUUUUUAUACUCUCUUUCAUCUAUUCCUAUACUAUCCACAAACCCUAACAAUUAGAAUUGUGCAUCUUUAAUUACUUUUUCAGUCUUGAACAGUCUUAGUGGCAUUGGCUGUUGAGAAAUAAGUUAAAAAACUCGUGAAUUUCACAGAGACUCACUUAAAAACACUUUUAAAAUAUCCAUGUCAGGAAACAUUUUUCCCCCUUUCAUGCAGAGAUCGCACAUUGCACUUUGCAAGUUUUUUAUGACUAUAUUUUGGUACAUUCAACAUAAAAUUCUAGCUUUCGUUAUUUAUGUACUGAAGCACACCCAAAAAAAUUUUAAUCGACCAGUUCCAAAUCUUAUAGCCCCAAAAUAUUGAAGCAAUUAUUUGAUUAAUCACAUUAUUACGUAAUCUAAGAUUUAAAAGGGUCGAUCAAUACAGUUUAUACUGUUUUUUUUUUACAUUUCAUUUCUGUAGCUUGAGUUUUUUUGAGAAUGACCGACUCAACUGCCAUUGCUACUAGGGAUUUUACCUGUCUGUCAAAUGGCUGCUAAAAGCUUUCUGAAUUGAGAGAAAUACUCUUUCUUUUCUUUUCAGUGUUGUAUUUCUGUAAGUAGGCCAUCCGCCUGAGUCCUUGUUGAAUGUUGAGACUGUAAUGCAUUCACUCUGUACACUGUUGCUUGUUCUGUUUAAGGUUACCAUGAAUUAGUUCAGUUGAUUUAAUCUUAAGCGACUUAAGAAGUAUAUGCUGAUAGCCUGAUUGAUGUGGGAAUGAGUUUUUAAGUCUGAAAACUACUCAAUACGCAGCUAUUGAAUCAUUAAUUGUACGAAUUCUCAUGCAGUAAAAUGAAACAUUCUUGCUCAGUGCCGCAGCAUGGAAUGUGCAUUUUCAUUUGAUAUUCAGCCACCUUUUUCACCCUCGUGGAUUUUUUUGUUAAGCCAUGUAAUGAUUUUUUAGAAGACUCUUUAUGCCUUUUUUUUAACAAUUCACCACCUAGUGUUAGAUCUACUUGAAUAGAUUGAGUCAAAAGUCUGACCAAUAUUUGAAUCAAAGAGAACUAAAACAAAUCAAAUCGGAUUUUUUUUCGAUUUUCAUUUUUUUACGGUUUAAUAUUGCUCAUGAGCAAAUGCUUCCAAACAAAGAAGGAACUUUCGGAAUUGCCAUCAGAAGUGAUCAAAGCAGCGGCACCAAAAAACUUCCUCAGACCCCCCUUCUCUUCACCUUUUAUGUACUUUUUGUAUCCUCAGAAUUUUUUCAUUUUUUCAAGUUGGUGUGUUUUUAUUCUCACUGAUUCAAUUGAUUUAAUUGAUUUCUUGUAAAAGAAAAAAAAAAGGGGGCGAGGGCGAGAAAAAAUGAUAACCCGUGUAGAUAUCCAAGAUUUAAUUUUUACCAUGAGAGCUAAGCAAACUGUAAAAGGAGAAGAAAAGUUAGGUAUGAGGGAAAGAUAACACUCAUUUCCUAUUUCAACUUUCUUGUUCUCAAAUUCACUAGUUAGUUACCGGUUUUUUCUUUUCUUUUCUUUUUUCGGGUAAUUUGUAAUUUUUUAUUUUUUAAUCAAGUGGCUAUUUCAAUAUUUUUUCUUACAUAAAGUGUAUUUGCUGUAAAAGUGGUGUGCAAGAUCUUUCUCUCUGAGGACCUCUUUGCACUCAUUAAAAUUUCCAGUAAUAAUUGGAAGACAUCACUGUUAAAGGCUUUAAGUGAGCCUACGGAAUAUUUUGCAAUAAUAGUCGUUUGAAAUAAACCUUUAUUCAACUUAUAAUCCAAAGUAAACAUCCAAACACAUUUUAGGGAAAUUUUUCUGUUCUAAUUAGGAAGUUCAAGGUUCAUUUAUGUCUUCAACUCUAGUGUGAUUUUUCAACUGUACUUUCAUUGCCCCGAAAUCACUAAAUCGUCACCUAAUUCUGUCAUCUGUAUCACACAUCAAUAAAAGCGCUGGGUCUGUAAAGGGAAAAUCUGGGUGCCAGCGUCUCAAAAUCUCUGCUAUCAUUCUGCUGUCUUUCAUUAUCUUUUUACUAGAAGGUGCCCAUAUAAUCCCAGAGUUUUAAAGGAUAUU